AUGUUUGGACAUAUAAGAUUAAUUAGAUAUGGUCUCAAAAAGCAUUCAACGUUCCAACCUUCUGGUUUCAAAAAAUAUUCGACAUUCCAACCUCCUGGUAAUCUAGGGAAAGAAUUUAAGUUGAUGAAUUUUCAAUCUCCCGGUUUCAGAAAAUAUUCAACAUACCAACCUCCUAGUGGUCUAGGAUAUUCAAGAAAAAAGAUUUAUGAUCUGGAACGAAAUUUAAAUGAAAUGGGACAAAAAUUGAGAGAAGAAAUUAAUAAUGUGAGACAAGAAAUGGAGAAAAAUUUAGGAGAAGAAAUUAAUAAUGUGUGUCAAGUAAUGUUAAGAAAAGAAAUUAAUAAUGUGAGACAAGAAAUAGGUCAAAAUUUAGGAGAAGAAAUUAAUAAUGUGAGAGAAGAAAUAGGACAAAAUUUAAGAAAUAAAAUAGAACAAGACUUAAGAAAAGAAAUUAAUGAAGUGAACCGAAAUUCAUUAAAAAUCAUCAAUAGAGAAUAUGAAAUAUCAAGUUCUGUUUUAGUUACGCUUUCUGCUCUUUAUUGCACUUGCAUGACAACACUUGCAUGUUUAUCAAUUUUGGAUAAAUGGGAAAAUUUAAAACUUUAUUUUUCAAAACGUUUGGAAAAUUUUGCAAGUUAUUUUUAA